AUGGGUUCAAAGAGUGUUGCCUUUCUUCUCUCCCUCAACCUCCUUCUCUUCUCAGCGCUUAGCUGCGACAACCCUCCUAAGUGUGUCUCAUCACCACCACCGGUUAAGUGCCCGGAAUUGCAUGUUUGCGCCAGCAUUUUGCACGCCCCUUUUAAACCAGACCCCAAAUGCUGCCCCCUCCUCGGUGGUCUCAUUGACCUUGACGCCGUCGUCUGCCUCUGCGCCGUUCUCAAGCUCGACCUCGGAAUUAUCAAGGUCAACCUAGACCUUCUCAUCAACAUUCUAUUAAACACCUGUGGACGCCAACCCACCACCUUCAUUUGCCCACCAUAA